UAUGCUGUUACUUAAAAUUAAUUAAUAAGUUUAAUUAAUCUGUGAAAUAUAAAAUCUAUCUAUAGAAUAGAUUAUUAUGAACUAUGAAAGUUACAAAUCUCAGGAUCAGAAAAAAGGAUCAACAGGAAAAACAAACAUGCAAGAGUCUAAAAAGAUCAAAAGAAAAAAAAGCAAACAAAAUAAAACAAAAGUCCAUGGUUUUUGUGAAUAAUCCACAAAAAGUUUCUAAAAAGAAAAAAACUAAAAGGCUUAACUAUACGUCUGAUGACAUGGAUCAUGCUUUGAAAGCUAUCGAUUCAGGAGUUUCUUUAAGAAAAGCUGCAGCUGCAUUUGGAGUUCCUGCAGCCACACUUGGUAGGAAGAAAAAUAAUCCUGAUGCCAUUAAAAGAAAAACAGGACCAGAAACUGUCUUAUCAAAAAACGAAGAAGAUGAUAUAGUAAAUUGGGUACUGUAUAGAGCUGAACGAGGGAUGCCUGUUACAAAAACAGAAUUGUUGGACUCGGUGCAGAAGUUUGUGACAUUGCUGCAAAAAAAAACUCCGUUCAAAGAAAACCGUCCAAGCAGACAUUGGUAUGAAGGGUUCAGAAAACGUCACCCGCAAUUGACAAUGAGAAAACCUCAGCAUUUAAGUUUAAAUCGAGCAACCGUAAGCAAAGAAGAUUUGCAAGAGUGGUUCAGCGAUCAAAAAAAAUAUUUAAAAGAAAAAAAUUUACUAGAAAUUUCUUCUACUAGAGUUUUCAAUUGUGAUGAAACUAAUAUUAUUUUAUGUCCAGAUUCAGAGAAAGUCUUAAUAGAAGUAGGAUCUCGCUCAGUGUACACCAUAACUGACGCUGGAAAAGAAAGUCUCACAGUUUUGUUUAUGUAUGCUGCAAAUGGUGUUCGUGCUCCCCCUAUGUUAAUGUACGCUUAUAAAGGAGAUGUACCAAAGAAAAUUGUCGAAAAUACUCCAAAAAGUUGGGGUAUUGGUAUAUCUGAAAAUGGUUGGAUGACCACAGAGACCUUUUACGAGUAUAUCACAAACGUGUUUUAUCCGUGGCUUAUCAGUGAAAAGGUUGAGUUUCCAGUUGUUAUAUUUCUGGAUAAUCACUCUUCGCACAUAAACAUACCUCUAGUGAGAUUUUGUCGAGAUAAGAAAAUAGAAUUGAUUGGGCUUUUUCCAAACUCAACUCAUAUUAUGCAGCCUCUCGACAUAUCAUUCUUCCAUCCUUUUAAACAAGCUUGGAAAAAAGCUGUGCCAAAAUGGAAAAAUCAGCAGAAUGUUAUGCGCUUGAAAAAAGAAGAUUUUCCUAUAGUUUUGAAAUUCACACUGGACAAUAUGGAAGAAAAGAAAGCUGUUAUCAGUGGUUUUAAAGCAUCUGGGCUAUGGCCUUUUAAUCCUCAUGCUGUAGAUUAUGACGUUCUGAAGAAAAGGAAAAAAAGAAAAGAGUCCUUAGAUCAGCAAGAAGAUUCGAGGGAUUUGACUGAGACUGAAAGAAGAAAGUUUUUGCAAAAUUUCGAAAACAAUUUGUCUGCCGAACUACUCUUAGAAUUUAAAAAUGCUUUAUCUAAAGGAUCUUGGACUGGUGACAUUGAAAAGAAAGCUUUAUUUGAAUACUAUGUUCAAAUAAAUCAAAUAUCCACCGGUAAUAUUUCAAAAACAAAACCAACGGUGAAAAAUAUUGAAAUUUUACAUACCCAUAAAGUUAGACUAGUUUCACAAGAAACUGAUAAAGAAAAUAUCCGUAUUAAUCAACUCUUAUCUACGAAUGAAUCUACUGCGAACGACACUACUCCUAAAAGUGAUUUGAUACAACCUAUUUAUUUCUUUGAACCUGAAGCUUCACCUGAUUUGAUCAAUGAGUCUGUUAUUGAAGAUGAUUAUAAAAUAGUUUCUGAAGUUUUAUACGUACCUGACAAUGAAAAAGAUUUAUUAGAACUAGUCUGUGAUACUUCUACUGGUGAUACUUCUACGAUUAUUCCAUUAGAUGUAGAUUCUAUCGAUUUUCCUUCUCAAAAGAAUCAAAGUAUUCUACAGCAGUUCGGUACUUCUUUAGAAAAUAAUCAAAUAGAGCGUAAGGAUAUAAUUCAAAUCAAACCAGAGAGUAUUGGUAUGAUCAGUUCUUCAAGAAACAAUAACACUGAAAGCAAUAAUAAUCGGUCUAUGGUAGAUAAUAUCUUACCAGAUGACUUAUCACAUAAGAAAGAGAAUAUUUCUGUAAAUACUAAUCAAGCUGUUGAUUUUAGUCUUGCAGAUGAUUUUUCCGAAGCGUUUACUCUCCCAUUAAAAUAUUUACCCUCCAAAAAAAGGAGUAAAGUUGAAGCUUUAGGAAAAUCAAAACUACCAUCUGCUGUGACUUCCGAUAAAUGGUUCAAUCAUCAUUUACAAAAAGAAAAACUUCAGGAAAUUAAAAAAGAAAAGAUAAAAAAGAAGAAGGAAUUACAAGAACAGAAAAAAAAACUAGCAAAAGAAAAGAAAGAAUUACAAGAAAAAAUGAAAGAAAUUCAAAAAAAAAUUAAACAAGAAAUACAAUAAUUGUGAUAAAAAAACAGUCAUUG